AAUAGGAAUUCCCACGGCCUAGGCAAAGCAAAAAUUGGGUAUUGGCAUUAGCCACAACCAUCUCAGGCUGAUUUUUGCCUGUGCGUUAUAGAGAGAUGUGAGAGAGAUGUGUUGAUGGCUUUCACUGAGCAGAUUUCAUCUGUGGAUGAGUGCAUUUUCCUGAAAUAUUAAUUCCAGACAAAAGGCCUUAAGAGAACAGUUUCUGCUUGCCUAUACAUCUCACCUACCGCACUUCUGAUGUUCUGCUAUGGGGAGUUGGGAAAACCGCCCACUUCCAUGCAGCAGAACCAGGUGUAGAAAUGGCGAGAGGCUCAACUUAAAAUUCUCCCACUGCAGUAACUAGCGUGUUCCCACUGCUGUGUUCAUGGAAUCUUCCGGAGCAUGUGUUAACACUGCUUCUUCUUCCCAGUGUUCAUCUGUUCAGGGAAUGAGAAGAGGAGCUGUAGUAAGGUGAACUGAUUUUCUGUGCAUGUGGGAUCAUUGCAGGACAUCUUGGUUCCAGGAAACAACAAGACAGUUUAUUUUUAUUAAUUAUUUGUUUGCAAUUAUAUCCCACUUUUUGUCCAAGGAGCUUAAAUGGCAGUUUUCCCAGCCAUCCCUGUUUUAUCUGCACCACAACCCAGUGAGGUAGGUUAAACUAAAAGGCCCAGGGUCGCCCAGUGAGUUCCGUGGAGGAGCAGGAAUAGAACCUACUGCCCAAAUUUCUUACUAUAAUGGCAGAAUGCAAGCCAGCAGGCUCACUCUUAAGACAGGGCCAUGGCUGUGACCUUAUAAUACAAAGUGUGUGACUGCAAUAAUAGCCAUUGUUUUCACAUAUGAAGUGCAUGGUGUUGGGGCAUGGAGACAAUUGCCCUUAUGCUGAGGUGAUUCGUGAUCAUAAACGUCACGCUCGCUUCCCCCUCCCCCCUUGCUCAUUCAUUCAGACCAUUUCUGCCCUGUCAGGGUUUGUUUAGCCACACCUUGGUUGGCUGUGGAUGAAAACAGUCAGGAGCAAAUAAAGUUCAAGGGAACUGCUGCUGGGGUCACUAUUUACUGUUCGGCUUCCUGUGUAUAAAAACCACGCCAUGCCUACCUUGUUGUCAGGAAUACUCGUUUCUGUUUUCUCAUUAUAUUUCCGCAUUGAUCAGUUCUCCAAACGGCAGAAGAUCCCAGGCUGAGCACUCUCUUAGGAAGCUGUUAUGGCUGCUCGAGGGCCGUUUGAGAUGGGUGGCAAAUGUUGCAGCGGCUCAGUUUCUCCCCAGAGCAUCCUCUACCAAAUCCUUAACAACGAAGAGCGAUGGAAGACCGAAGGGAACCCCCAGUGCUUCCCCCUUCCCUUUCCGUUUCCAAAUAUUGGCUGCCCCUGUGAGGUAAACCGAAGAGUCAUCCUGAAAAUACCGGGUCUCACCUGCAACAGAGCAUCGGAAGUGCUUCUGAAAACCAUCACGUUCAUAAGAAAGCUGCCUUCUUUUUUUCAGUUGCCCCUGGAGGACCAGAUCCUCUUGAUACGACAGGGCUGGGCACCCCUCUUCCUACUGGGUCUGGCUCAAGAACGGGUGGACUUUGAACUCUUAGAGACCUCAGUCCCCAGCCUCUUGAAAGCAGUCCUCCUUAAUCAGUCUCCGGCAGGUGAAUACAAACUGGAGAACUCUCCUUUGGGAGCAUCACUAGCAGAAGUUCAGAAGAUUAAGGAUUUCCUGGGGAAGUUCUGGAACGCAGACAUUUGUGCAAAAGAAUAUGCCUAUCUUAAAGGAAUUGUUCUGUUUAAUCCUGACCUCCAUGACUUAAAAUGCCACCAUUAUGUCCAGGCCCUUCAACAGGAAGCUCAGCAUACUCUGAUAGAGUUUGUCUCAAUGACUCAUAGCAGAAGCAGGAGGAGAUACACUUGGAUGAUGGGAUCGCUUGGUUUUCUGAGGACCUUCAGUCCAGAUACCAUUGGAGAACUCUUCUUCAAACCCAUCUUGGGUGAUGUCGACCUAAACACCUUACUUCUGGAAACACUUUACACCAAACAGGACCUUAUUUGACAUCUGAUGAGACAUCACAGAAGACCAGGACUAUCAUCAAAAGGGGCAAGUUCCCCAGAACAAUAGGAAACCUUGCUUUCUGUGCACUGGAAUCUGGCUCCACCCCUGUGGAGAACCCCACCACACUGUAGGACUCUUCUCUGUUUUGCCUAUUUUCUGUUUCUUUGGUGAUCUGCAUUAUUAUAUAUAUUUCACCAGUCAUCCAUAUGCUAUGGAGGCCAGCAUUCUAUUGCCCUUUUACCGAUAAUCUCCACUAGAUAAUGACUUUCCUCCCUAUUAUUGUUGCAUUACACUUGUUUUUAUUAACGCUUUGCCACCCAUGUAUUUCCAGACAUUUAAUGGUUCAGCACAGGACAAAACAGCCCAGACGUCACUGUGAUGUAAAAUAAAGUAUGUUUUAUUUAA